CGGCGACGUCGACGAGAAGGUGGGGUCCGCCCACUGCCGCGCUCGACGCGUUAAAGUUCGCCGCGGGCCCAGCCUAUCGACAGGUCAUUCAGCCACCAGCGGGGGAAGAGGGGCAGCAAUGAAUACUGUACGACAUCCCGCAACGCUCAGAGCCCGGCAGGGCCCUCGAAGCACGAUACUUUGCGCUCCGCACCGGACUUCGCGGCCUGCCGCAGGUGGCGUAUUCGCAAACAGAGGAGCUCCAGGAGUCGAAGGCGUGCCCCGUCGUGUACUGCGUCCGCGACAGGCGAGCCGUCUGGGCCCCCGGCAUGGCUUUUGGGGUGCUCGCCGUGGAUCAGCAGACCGCCCAGAGUACGCUGCUCACGACAUCGCAUGGGUCGGAGCGCGCAAAGGCUCCCGUUUGGUGGGCUGGCUUUCCCAUGCUUGUUGCCCGACCACGUAAAUGCUUGUUUCUUCUCUAUUCGUUCCGCCUUUAGGGCCUCGAACGUUUGCCCGGAAGACAUUGCGCAUUUAUGUUUCAAGCAAGAUUAUAGG